CGUGAUGUAGACUUUCCCGGUCUGAGGCUGGACAACAUCCUGUUUGAAGAGCUGAUGAAAUGUGAGAAAGAGUUCGUGCUGGAAGAAAAUCUGUCCAAGGAUGAACUAUUUCUCUUAUAUUUUCUCUUCUAUAAGUACAAGCUGAAAAAGAUUAUCAAAGAACUUAACACCAUCGCAGACCACGCUGACAAAACCCACAAGCUGCUCAGGGCCAGCCUGGUCGCCAACGGCUCAGGUGCUGUGUCUGCGGUCAUGACCGUUGUGGGUUUCGCCCUGGCACCUGUGACGGGAAGAGGGAGUCUGAUGCUCUUAGCAGCGGGCCUGGGGGCAGCGGCUGCUGUCACCAACAUUUUGACGAAUGUCUUGGAAAAUAGAAGCAAUUCGGCAGCAAGAGAGAGAGCUGGCAGACGUGGCUCUUCCAGCAACACUGUUGGAGGAACAAACUUGCCUGAGGUCAGAGUUGCUAGGGUUUGUGUUCAGGGUGGAUGUGUCAGGAGAAUCAGGCAACUUCGUGCCUACAGGAUGGCCCAAGCCAACUCUGGCUUCAUGGCGAUGGUCAGGAAUUUUGUGACCAUAGGCCCCGUGCCCUUCUGGAGAGCCAGAGGGGUGCAGAGAGCUGUUGAAGGCCCAACUCUGACCAUGACCACCAGUGCCCGGCUGGUGGGAGCUGCUGGGGUGAGCUUCUUACUUGUGCAAGAUGUGAAUAGCUUCCUGCGGAACUGGACACACCUGGAGGAACGGGCGAGGGCAGAGACCGCGGAGGAACUUAGGAUGCUCGCCUGGGAGCUGGAGGAGGAGCUGGGCCAGCUGACUGAGCUCCAGAGCUGGCCACCCUGA